AUGUCAUUGGCUAAUAUUGAAAUGGACGAGAGAAACGAGUCAGUUUCAUCGAGUGGUGAUGAAUUACGUGAUGAAGAUGUAAUGGAACGUGAACAUGAACAUGGACACGGGCACCACAAAAGAAGACGGGCGUUGAGUGGUGAAGAUGGAUCGACUAGGAAGCAUAAGAAAAAGAAGAAGAAAGACAAAAAACAUAAGAAGGAUCGAAAGAGGCGACGGAGCAGUGUGAAUGAGGAUGAACUGGAGUUACUUGAGAGGAAGAAACUUGCUAUCGAAAGAGCGCUAAAAGAAGAUUCACUGAGUGAUGAUGAAAUGGCUCAUGCAAAUGGUGCAUCAGCAACAAAGUUGACAACGAGCUGCUCUGCGUCAAGUAAACCUGAUCGAUGCCCAUCUUCGACUGAAAAUAAUGACUUGAAAACAACAAUGAAUAUGGAGGACAACAACAAAUCUUCUAUGCAACAUGAUUUGGUGAAUAAAAUUAAUAAGGAUUUAAGUAUUAAAAAGAACGAUACUGAAUGGAAUAACAGCAGCAACAGAAGUGGUGGAGGAAAGGUAGAAGGUGGUGUCAUUUCAAGUAUGGAACAAAAAUUAGAUGUGAAGCAUCAUAAGCGUUCAAGUGUUUCCGAUGGUGAACUGAUGGAUACCUCUGUCGGUACUCAAGAUUCGGUGAAGGAGGGAAAAGAUUGGAUGGAUGCAGAUAAACCUGUUGUGAAAGCUGCAAUCAUUAAGGGGAAAAUCGGAAAAGAAGGAGAAAAAUUAAAAAUCACAAAAGUAUUAGAAAAAGAGAGAGGAGAGUCCAAGGAUAAAGCAAAAAGUGGGAAAAUAGAGGAGGAAGUUGUAAAGAAAGAGGGAUUGGAAGGUAAAGUCAGUAAAAACAGUUCGAGGUCAUUUAAAGAGGAUGAUUCGAAAGAAAAUCGAAGCAGUGAAAAAGAAUCGAGAAGUUCAGAAGGAAACAAGAAAGAAACAACGGACAGAAAUGGUCAGGAAAAAAGAAAGGCAGUGAACGAUUCGAAAACGAUUCAAAUGACUUCAUCGUGCCCCUCAUUACGUGAAGUGGAGAAGAGUAGGAGAGGUGAUUCAAUUAGGGAAAAGGAUAGAUCAGAAACAUCAAGAUUGCGAUCAGCGAACGAUGGAAGGGCCCGCUCCACAAGUGUGCGUCAUCGUGAUGAGCACAGGCAUCAUUCUCGAUCAUCAGUUCGUCAUCGGUCACGUUCCAACGGUGCUGCUCGUAGACGCAUUAGUGCUAGAUCAAGAUCACGCGACAGAGAUCGCGGUCGUCAAAGAACUUCAACUAAUAGGGGGAUUGACUGGAAUCGGGAACGAGAUUCGAGGACAUCGAAUCGUCGUAGUGCAUCUCGGGAUGGACGUUCAAGACGGGCGUCAUCACGCGAACGACAUCGAGAAGCGUCACCUGUUCACGAAAGAAGACGACCGAAUGAUAGAAGUUCUGAAAGGCGCAAAGAUGAGGGCUAUGAAAGGUCUCAUUCUCGUCACAACACAUCGUCAGCUACUCUCAAAUCGUCAAAGAGCAAUGCCUCGAAUAGGACUGAUGCAAGACAGAGUGAUGAUAAGAAAAGUAACAAUGAACAACGGCGUAUUGAUGGUAAUGGAAGAAGCGAUAGUGAAAGUUCAUUGGAGUGGGUUGAUUCAGAUGAGGAAGAAAAGAAGCGAAUCGAAGAACAGCGAAGGCGAAGACGAAGAAUUAUAGAAGAAAUCGAGAAGCAGAGUGUCGUCAAGGAGGCAAGUGCCUCACCUAGUACUGUUGCAUCAACAAGUGUGGGUGGUGAUAUUGAAUGUGGAUCGAUCAAAAAUGCUAAUGCAUCACAUGCGAUGAGUAGUAAAGGCAAAGAAGAUGAUUCGGAUGAAGAUAAGGAAGAGAAUGAAUCAAUGAAUGGCGAUAUUAUCGAAGAAGCAAAGCAAGAAUUACGUCGGCGCCACGAAAGUGAACACUCUUAUUCAAGCAGUCCAGUGUCUCCUCUUGCUGGUGGUGAAGAUACACCCGGUGAUUUCUUUGGUGACCUCAAACAAAAAAUGGUUCACAUAAAGGGACAACAAGAAUCAGAGGUGGAUCGAGCGCUGCAGAAGGCAGCUGAAGAAGAAGCCUUAGAACAAAGAAGACAGCGUGGUGAGGAUGUGACGAAGGUUAGUGGUAGCAGUAGUGAGCGACUUAUGAAGAGCAGUGAUGCCAACGACACAGCCUUCGAUAUGUUCGCUGCAGAUGCAGAUCUACCUCCUGAGUUGUUGAAGAAAUCGGCCGUAAUCGUUUCGGGGCAAGACGCUGCAAAUGCAUCGCUUCGAGAUAACUGGGAUGAUACGGAGGGUUAUUAUCGUGUACGAAUCGGUGAGAUGUUAGACAAUCGUUAUCGUGUUUAUGGCUAUACGGGCGCAGGUGUUUUCGGCAACGUGGUUCGAGCCACAGAUGCGGCACGUAGCAAUACUCACGUUGCGGUGAAAAUUAUUCGUAACAAUGAAGUGAUGUGCAAAAAAGCGCAUGCGUUCGAAGUGCAUCGAAGUACGCCCUCCGUCCGUCGGCGCGGCCGGGAGACAGACAUUCUUUUUUGUCGCAGAGCUGGAGUGACCAUACUGGUGGCAUUUUGUUUGCAUCGUUGUUCAUACAAGUUCAGGCGAAAGACUGGUAUGAAGGAAUUGGAGAUAUUGAAGAAAUUAAAUGAAGCCGACCGGGAUGAUCGCUAUCACUGCUUACAACUCUACAGACAUUUUUAUCAUCAUCAGCAUCUGUGCCUUGUUUUCGAGUCGUUGAGCAUGAAUUUACGUGAAUUAUUAAAAAAAUAUGGUAAUAACGUUGGUUUGCACAUGAAAGCUGUUCGUAGUUAUGCUCAACAACUUUUGCUGGCGUUAAGACUUCUCAAAAAGUGUAAUAUUCUGCAUGCGGAUAUUAAACCUGAUAAUAUUUUGGUGAAUGAUACGAAGCUGACGCUAAAAUUGUGCGACUUUGGUUCAGGUUGUCAUGUGGCUGACGCGGAAUUAGCACCAUAUUUAGUAUCGCGUUUCUAUCGUGCUCCGGAAAUAAUGUUAGGACUUCCGUAUGAUUUUGGUAUUGACCUGUGGUCGGUGGCAGUGACACUAUACGAAGUUUACACGGGCAAGAUCAUGUUUCCCGGUAAAUCCAACAAUCAAAUGCUGAAAUUUAUGAUGGAUUUGAAAGGGAAAUUCUCGAAUAAGCUGGUCCGUAAAGCACAGUUCAGGGACCAACACUUUGAUCUCAACUGCAAUUUCCUCUAUCACGAAGUUGAUAAAGUCACUCACCGUGAUAAGGUCACUACUUUACCGGUUGUCAAAAUUGUUCGUGAUUUGGAGGGUGAAUUACUGGGAGAUCAAGAACUUGACAAGGAGGGUAGACGCAAAUUGGAGCAGUUCCGAUCACUGCUUGAUACAAUGGUCACACUCGACAACUCCAAACGUAUCACGUGUAAUGAAGCACUUAAGCAUCCAUUCGUUGUCGAGAAAUAA